AUGCAAGAAGACAUGGUCUUCUCCCUAGGAACAUCAAAAGUCACCGAGAGGGACGUGGAACUUUCCUUCUCCAAAUGUCUUUUGCACAAGCGACCUGAGGACUCAGUCUGUUAUCUGAGCGGUUUCCCGGAUUUUUGGGUGCACUCGGUGCUUCGCCCUGCCUGGACGUCAACUCGUCGUCUUUCUGUCUUUCCAGCAACUCUUUUCUUCAGGUCCAUCAUGGCGAUGAACUUUUUCAGCAGUCCAGAGGGCGACAGCGUUUCGCCGGAGAGCGUCUCCUUUAGGGCGGGGAAGUGCCGCAUCAACGGCAACCUCGUCUCCCCAGACACACGCAAAGGCCGACUGCAGAUUGGAGAGGGAGAAGAUGGUCUCACCCAUGUGCGGUGGAUUAAUCGAGAAAACCAACAAACAGAGGACGACUUGAUUGUUAUCAACGAUGCAUACCUCGAGCGCGUUCCUGAGUGCACAACGGGUCGUGUUUAUUGCCUUCGUUUUACCUCCAGUGACAAGAAGAUGCUGUUUUGGAUGCAGGAACCAGACGCGUCGAAGGAUCACGCGCUGAUCGAACAGUUCAACGCACGAGCGGGGGGCGUCCCCGCAGCCAGCAACGGAGACACAGAGACCGGCGCCUCUGGAUCUUCUGCCUCAGGCACCCAACAAACGGAUUCAGGCCCAAAUGCUCAGGGAAUUCAGCAACUGCGGCAGCUGCUGGCCAACUACUCCGAGUCUCUGCGAAGAGCGCGCGGGCAACCCUCAGCGACUCCGUUGAGCGAGGUGCUCAACAGUCAAACGUUAUCGCGAGUUGCCGACGACGAGGAGACAGUGAAGGAGCUCGUCGAUUUGAUGCCUGAGGGCUGCCGGACAGAGGGCGACGUCAGAGAAGCGCUGCGAUCUGCCCAGCUCGCGGCGCCGAUGAAUGGCCUCACCCAGGCCAUUUACACGAAUUCCUCCCCUCUCCUUUCCUCGAUGGGUGUCACUGGCGAGGACAGAGCAGCGGCGACGUCCCCAGACGCGAUGAUGGCCUUCGCGCAGGCUCUGGAGGCCCACUACCGUCCAGCAGGCGAAGGAAAGGAAGCGAUGUCAAACGAAGCAGCGAACGCCGCUGAGGGCAACCCGGCGGGUGAAGAGAAGAAGGAGAACGAAGAAAAUAGCGAACAAGACACUUCGGGAGGAGAAAAAAAGGCGGACUAGACGUCGAAGUUUCCACUGACAUUCAACACCUUCUGGUCUGUCCACUUGGACGGUUUUCUCUCUCCGUCGAAAAAACGAAGAGCUCUGCUUUCGUCGUGCUGGUAGUCUUCUGUCUCUGCUUUCGUCUGUAUCACUGGCUCUUGCCGAUUCUGCGCAGAGAAGAAACAGCGAGUUGCAACUCCACAGGAAGGACGACGAAUUCGAGGAACCUGCGCGCGUCCCCUGUCCCUCAACUCUCUCUUCUCGCUCUUUGUGUCUUUUCCCGAGCUUCCUUCUCGGGUGUCUGCGGGCAGCACUGACAGAGAGCCUCAAGCGACGCCUCGGUCUUUCAGUUUCAGGGGAACGCAUGCAAGUGACCGAGUCGCAAAACCCCCGCUCAAUACGUAGCGAUGAGACAUCGCGACCUCAUAGCGGUUGAUAGAGAGCAGCCAGCCUCGAUUUUCCUCACGCUCACACAUUCGCUGAGUUUCCUGAAAAGGGCGUGCCGUCAAGUCCGGUCUCACUUGGAAGAGAGCUUUCUUCGCAGACAGACUCGAAGCGAUUGCAGGUCUCACUCGAGCGUUUCGACGUACGUUGAGAAAAAAGAACGUGUGUGAAUCUUCACUUCUAACAAAGAGACAAGGGUCGGUGACGCGACCUACUUGCUUGCUGUUUCAUUCAAAAAAUGAAAGUCUACAAUCCGCGCUUCUGCUGGGCUAUCGUGCGCCGGGAAAUCGUACAGAGGAAGCUGGAGAAA